AUGUCGGCAGCAACCUUGGUGCACAAUGAUGCGCCCAAUUCUACCCUUUUCGAUGGCUCAGGCAAUCGACGUUCGGCAUGCGAUCGAUGUCGAAGUCAAAAGAUACGCUGCGAACGUGGCUCCGAUCCAUUCCAGUGCCGUCGUUGUGUGAAAGCCAAUGUUGAAUGUGUCACAGGUGUUGCUCUCAAGUCUGGUCGUCCACUGCAGCUGUAUGGCACACAAAUGUCGCAACCAAGUCUUGUUCAAGAGACUUAUCAAGAAUCCCCUGCAAACUUGAACAAUCAGCAACCGUUGCCAGAUUUUCCCACCCCGCCAGUGACCGCUUUUGACACACCUUUUGAAGCGAAUCCCAAUCCCAGCGACGGUGAUAUAGAUAUGCAACUCCUGGUCUCUCCUUUCGGGUUCAACUGUUUCGAUGAUAUGUGGACGAACAAUUUGGAGCGGCAUACGACAGCUGCCAAUUUAAUUCAGCCCGCUACUGACCCCCGUACCAGUCAAAAUGAUGAUCGACCUCCUCCUCCUUCCGCGUUGAAUUUGCGCAACGAGUGUUGGAAGAAGCUGGCAGACCUGCAUGUUCAGGUCCUUGGUGACCUGGAGAUAGUGAAAGCGUGCACAACAGCCGACAAAUGCACCACGUCGACUGCAAAUCACGGGUCUGACCAGACGCACAAUUUCCUUGUUGGCCGUAUGCUAGACCAUUCGGCAGCAUUGCUUGAUAUCCUUAAUUAUUUUGAACCGGCCCCAACGGACACACCGCCCGUAUCGAAUGAUGCUCGUUCGAGAAUCACUCAAGCUUCCCCCAAAAGACCGCGCUGCGAUGUCCCGACGAUGUUUUCGCUUCUGUCAUGCUACACCUGUCUUGUCCGCGUAUACCGAACGAUCUUCUCAAGUAUCCAAGAUUCAAUGCCUGUUCUAAUGAACUCGCCAAAACCAGUUCCUCAACUAUUUCCUGGCAUGAAUCUUGGUGGCUUUCAACUCGAAUCAAGAAUUGAUCUGCAAGUUCAGAUACUGAUUCAGGUCUCCGAGGAUAUGAUGGCCAAAAUCGAAGCCAAAUUGGGUGUCGGCGACGAUCCGGCCAUCGUCAAAGGAUGCAUUUUCGACCGUGAAAGGGCAUCAAAAAUGCUCCGCAUGAUGCUGGAGGAAGAGGCUUGGGAGCAACCUCAAUUGAACGAAACGCGAGGACACUGUGAGCCCUUGAGAAACAUCCUGGCAAAUCUCAAGGGCCUGAAUCAGAUGGAAGGGCGUCAGCGGUAA